CAGAGGCGGGCCUCGGCCGGCCGCUCUAGCCGCAGUCUCGUUGGCCGUCGCCUCUCUGGCCUGGGGCCUCUCGCUGGUUCCGGCCUCCCGGAGGGCCUGGGCGGCAGGAUGCGGGCCGCAGGUGCGGCCUCCGCGGCCUCGCUGGCCCUUCUGUGGCUGCUGGGGCUCCCGUGGACCUGGAGUGCGGCGGCGGCCCUCGGCGUGUAUGUGGGCGGCGGCGGCUGGCGCUUCGUGCGCAUCGUCUGCAAGACCGCGCGGCGGGACCUCUUUGGCCUUUCGGUGCUGAUCCGCGUGCGCUGGGAGCUCCGCGCCCACCGCCGCGCCGGCCGCACCAUCCCGAGCAUCUUCCAGGCGGUGGCGCAGCGACAGCCCGAGCGCCUGGCAUUGGUGGACGCGGGCAGCGGCGCGCGCUGGACCUUCGGGCAGCUGGACGCCUACUCCAACGCGGUGGCCCGCCUCUUCCUGCAGCUGGGCUUCGCGCCGGGCGACGUGGUGGCCCUCUUCCUGGAGGGCCGGCCCGAGUUCGUGGGACUGUGGCUGGGCCUGGCCAAGGCCGGCGUGGAGGCCGCGCUGCUCAACGUCAACCUGCGGCGCGAGCCCCUGGCCUUCUGCCUGGGGGCCGCGGGCGCCAAGGCCCUGGUCUUCGGUGGGGAGCUGGGAGCCGCGGUGGCUGAGGUGAGCGGGCAGCUGGGGAAGAGCGUGCUCCGGUUCUGCUGCGGGGUCCUGCCCGAGGGCGCGGCGCCCGACGCCCGACUCCUGGACCCGCUGCUGCAGGAGGUCUCCACCGCCCCGCUGGCCCCACCGCCCGCCAAGGGCAUGGAUGACCGCCUGUUCUACAUCUACACCUCGGGGACCACCGGGCUGCCCAAGGCCGCCAUCGUGGUGCACAGCAGGUACUACCGCAUCGCCGCCUUCGGCCACCACGCCUACCGCAUGGGGCCCUCGGACGUGCUCUACGACUGCCUGCCCCUGUACCACUCGGCAGGGAACAUCAUGGGCGUCGGGCAGUGUGUCCUGUAUGGACUGACCGUCGUGCUGCGCAAGAAGUUCUCGGCCAGCCGCUUCUGGGACGACUGCGUGCAGCACAACUGCACGGUGGUCCAGUACAUCGGAGAGAUCUGCCGCUACCUGCUGAAGCAACCGGUGCGUGAGGCGGAGAGCCAGCACCGCGUACGCCUGGCAGUGGGCAACGGGCUGCGCCCCGCCAUCUGGGAGGAGUUUGUCCAGCGCUUCGGCGUGCGCCAGAUCGGCGAGUUCUACGGGGCCACCGAGUGCAACUGCAGCAUAGCCAACAUGGAUGGGAAGGUGGGCUCCUGCGGCUUCAACAGCCGCAUCCUGCCCAGCGUGUACCCGAUCCGGCUGGUGAAGGUCAACGAGGACACGAUGGAGCUGGUGCGGGACGCCCGCGGCCUCUGCGUUCCCUGCCAGACUGGCGAGCCCGGCCUCCUCGUGGGCCAGAUCGACCAGCAGGACCCGCUGCGGCGCUUCGACGGCUACGUCAGCCCGAGCGCCACCAGCCGAAAGAUCGCCCACAGCGUCUUCCGCAAGGGCGACAGCGCCUACCUGUCCGGCGACGUGCUGGUGAUGGACGAGCUGGGCUACAUGUACUUCCGCGACCGCGGCGGGGACACGUUCCGCUGGCGCGGGGAGAACGUGUCCACCACCGAGGUGGAGGCCGUGCUGAGCCGCCUGCUGGGCCAGGCCGACGUGGCCGUGUAUGGGGUGGCCGUGCCAGGAGUGGAGGGCCGAGCGGGCAUGGCGGCCAUCGCGGACCCGCAGGCCCAGCUGAGCCCCGACGCGCUGUACCGGGAGCUGCAGAAGGUGCUGGCGCCCUACGCCCGGCCCGUCUUCCUGCGCCUGCUGCCCCAGGUGGACACGACAGGCACCUUCAAGAUCCAGAAGACACGGCUGCAGCGCGAGGGCUUCGACCCGCGGCAGACCUCGGACCGGCUCUUCUUCCUGGACUUGAAGCAGAACCACUACCUGCCCCUGGACGAGGCUGUCUACGCCCGCAUCUGCUCCGGUGCCUUUGCCCUCUGACCCCUCGCCCUCCUGCGGAUCUCUCUGGAGCUGGAGCCCCCGCAGUCACCCUGGGCUGUCCUGCCCCCGCCUGGACUCCACGCAGGCCUUGCCUUCCUGCCCAGUGGAGGAGCUGGGGGUCUGCCCAUUUCCCCAGGAGUGGGGCAUCAGCAAGGACCCUGGGCCAAGUCUCCUGGGGCCGAGUGCAUUUUGUGCGUCUUCAUCCCUGGAGGCCCUCCUGGUCCCUCCUCGUGCUGUGGAAGCUUCCAGAACUGACUGUGACUGCUUGGACAGCCCCACCAUCCACCCCUGCCCUGAGCCUGUUCAGGCCUGUUCUGGCGGCUCCUCCCAGUGGGGCCCCGAGGAUGGCUCGGCCGAGCCUGGGGCUGCGCGUGGUUGCUCGGAGGCUCUGGUGGCCCCCCGGGUGUCUCCGUCCAAGCAGCCGCUGGGGGCGCUGCCAGAGCGGAGGGCAAUGGGGUCUCCUGCCCUGCGGCGGCCUCAUCGGGUGACUGCCCUGGGCGGCGGGCCGAGACUGACCCGCACUGUUUAACCUUUUCUCGCCUGAGAUUUUGUUUCCUAGUUGAGUGUGAGAAAUAAACCUGCGGAGCCUCGGU